GAGAAAAUAAAUAUUGGAUACAUCUAUCUUAAAGGAAUAAUUCUCUAAAUUAUGGACUGUUUGCUUGUAAACAUUAUGCAUGUCGGGACCGAAAAAUAACUGCAGGAUGAAAAAGGCCUUAAAAGGCGUGCUUGAUGGGCUACGAGUGUCCUCUCUCAGUCAGCAGACGAGGGUAGAGAGCGAGAUAGAUGAGACUCUCCGAACGGAACACUUCCAUCUUAGCAAGACUGUUCGGCAUGGAUUUCCUUACCAGCCCGUUUCGAUGGCAUUUGACCCUGUGCAACAUAUUCUGGCGAUUGGGACUAGGAAUGGAUCCCUUAGAAUAUUUGGAAGGCCGGGAGUUGACUGCCACCUGCGACAUGAUGGUGAUAUUGCCGUAUUACAAGUCAUUUUCCUUAUCAAUGAGGGUGCUCUGGUUACCAUGUGUUCAGAUGAUACGUUGCAUUUGUGGAAUUUUAGGCAGAAGCGGCCGGCAAUUGCACAUAGUUUGAAAUUUCAGAGAGAAAGCCUUACAUACAUUCACCUUCCAUUCCAAAGCAAAUGGUUGUAUGUAGGAACGGAGCGGGGGAAUGUACACAUUAUCAACAUAGAAUCGUUUGUGCUAUCAGGAUAUGUCAUCAAUUGGAACAAAGCCAUAGAAUUAUCAAGGAAGACCCAUCCGGGGCCUGUUGUGCAUCUUAGUGAUAAUCCAAUGGAUCCAAAUAAGUUGCUGAUAGGAUUUGAAUCUGGUGCAAUAGUGUUGUGGGACCUUAAAAGUAAGACUGCUGAACACCGCUACAGCUGCCAUGAGGCACUUCGGUCAAUAUCAUGGCAUCAUGAAGGACGACAGUUUAUGUGUAGUCAUGUGGAUGGUAGUUUGACUACCUGGAUUGCAAGAAACCCUCAAAAACCUCAAAACAUACUCUACCCACAUGCAAAAAUGGGCAAAGAUGGCAAACCAGACCCUUGUAAACCAAUAGCCAAGUUACAGUGGUGCAGCACAAAGAGUGGGGAACCUUUUGUGAUAUUUUCUGGUGGCAUGUCUUAUGACAAGGCAGGCCGAACACCUAGUAUUACAGUCAUGCAUGGCAAGAACACAACAGUGCUAGAAAUGGAACACAGUGUGACGGAUUUCGUCACAUUAGCGGAAACGCCAUGGUCAAAUGACUUCCAAGAACCAUAUGGAAUAGUUGUCUUGCUUGAUAAUGAUCUGGUCGUGGUUGACUUGACCACGGAAGGAUACCCUUGUUUUGAAAACCCAUACCCGAUGGACAUUCACGAAUCACCAGUGACGGCUUGUUACUAUUUCGCUGACUGUCCCACCGAUUUAAUACCAGCGUUCUACUCAGUUGGAUCUAAACAGAAGAAGUCAGGCUUCAGUGAAAAAGACUGGCCAAUAAGAGGAGGAGAAUGGGGAACAAGCACGUGUAGCUAUCCUGAAAUAAUGAUAACUGGACAUGCUGAUGGAUCUGUGAAGAUAUGGGAUGCUACCUCAGUGACAUUGCAAGUGUUGUAUAAAUUAAAAACUGCCAAAGUGUUUGAGAGGCCGCGAAGUAAACCAGAAAAAGGCCAAGAACCAGAUGAAGACCCGUUUGCAAUUCAGAACAUCUUUUUAGAUGCGGAAAGUCGAGUAUUGACGAUAGCCGGUCUGACCCAUGUGCUCGUAUUCAAGUUCAGCAAACAAGAAUCAAUUAUAGACCUGCCUUUUUUAGAAAUAUCUCUUGUGUAUGAAGUGUUUGAUGACCUGGAUUCACCAGACAUUCCCGAGUUUCCCAAGCCAAAUACAGGGUUGGUUCCGCAGCAUAGUAGCAGUGUUGGAUCUUAUUCAAGUACAGCAUCAGAUAGCCGGUCUGAAAACUUAACCAGUAUAAAAGUAAAGCAAGGUUGUCGGAAGUGGUCCUCCGGUUACCAGCCUGAGAUCGUGUGCUUAUUGACAUAUGUUGAUGGCGAACCAGCGUCAAGCAUCACAAGCAUUUCUGUGAACUCAUCGUAUGGACUAUUAGCAUUUGGUAAUGAAAGUGGUCUAGCAAUAGUAGACAUUAUCCAAAAGACUUGUCUACUGAACAUGGGAACUCCUGAUCUUUAUGGUUCUCUCGACCCUUACCAGAGGGUGCCACGAUCACCAAAAAGUAAAAAAGCUCCAGAGUGUGUAGGACAGAGCUCAACAGAGGAAAACAAAUCGCCAACAAGUGAUCAGUGUCUUUCUCCACCUUGUCAACCUGUUGCUCCUCCAAGAAGACAGAAAUCUUCCCACCGCCUUGAAUGCAUAACCGAGGACAAAAAUCACCUGGAAUCAAAAGAACUCUUACAAACAUACCCAAAAUCAGAUACAAAAUUUUCCUUUGAGGAGGGGUUGAAUGAGAAACGUAGACAGUUGGUUCAGACUCAGUCUUCAUAUGAAUUGGGUGUAAAGAAACCUGCACGCCCCCCACCCCCUAGACUUGAAGGCUUGAAAAGUUGCUCUGAUCACCAUCUACACCAUCCAGAGGAAUUUAAAAAACAACCAGCAAGGCGUGUCAAAUCAAAUGAAGAUCGUUUAGACCUUCAUUCCAGCCUCCAAGAGGCUCAGUUGCAGGCAUUCGGAACCAAUCAUUUGAACACAGUAGAAAUUACCAAGUCGUGUACCCCCACCAGUACAGGCACCCCGGAGCACCUCAGUGAUGAUGAUAUAACAGAUGAGGAGGGUAUCAGACUGCGAGACCACCAGGAGGAGCGCAGGACAAGUUUCGUUCGAAACAUUAGUACCAAGAUCCGCAACCUUACCCGGCGGAAAAGUGAGAACCGUAUUUCACUAUCAAAUAGUGGGAGAUAUGAGGAUGAGGAUUUUUCAUCACGUAAAGUGUCACAGUCAUUGACAGUUGAUGUGAUUGACUUGAGGUGUGAAACUGUGGGUGAGAAACCUCCUGUGAUGAAGAUGCAGAUUGGCACCAGAAAGACGUCUGCUGACAAGAACGAUGGAUCCUUUUCAAGGUCUAGAAGUUCCAGUAUGUCGAGCCUUGAAAAUAUUUCCAAAGAAGCCAUUCAGUGCCUGUCUUUUGCUGAUGCCUACACUAGGAAAACAGGUAAUCAUGAUUCUUAUACAUGCCCUUGUCUGUGGGUGGGGACUAGUCUUGGGUCAGUUCUGGUCAUCAAUCUCCAGCUGCCAAUUGCAACAGAGGCCAGGCAAACAGAGCCAGUUACUGCAACGCCUAGUGGCACAAUAUUCCGCCUGAAAGGCACGAUUCUAGCCAUGUCCUUCCUUGAUUGCAAUGGAAUCUUAAUUCCAGCAAUAUCGGAACAAUGGAAGGACUUUGCUAGAGAGAUGGAAAAAGAUAAAGGGAGGACUCCGAGUAAGUUACCAAGGCAAGUGUCUGUCAACAAACCACGGAUGUCACCUACAUCUUCAACAGAAAUCCUGGACCGCCAGUUUGCUAUCAUUUGCUCAGAAAAGCAAGCAAGGGUGAUGUCGCUACCUUCCCAGACAUGUGCUUACAAGGUCAAAAUAACGGAGACAUCAUUUGUGAUCAAGGCUGAUGUUGUUAACAUGAAAGACAGUGUAUGUCUGACGUGUUAUGUUGCCAAUGGACAUCUGAUGGCCUUCAGUCUGCCAAGCCUGAAACCUUUGUUAGACGUUGAUUUCCUACCACUCACUGAUCUUAGGAUUGCAAGAACAUUCUCAAUCAGCAACAAUGGACAUGCUCUGUUUUUCUGUUCUCCGACUGAAGUGCAGAAGCUUACAUAUGCGGCUGAUAUGUGUGAGAAUCUGCAGGAGAUGCUUGGUGAAUUGUUUCUUCCCGUAGAUGCACCUGAACCACCAAAGCAAGGCUUCUUCAAGAACUUGUUUAGUGGUGGUGGAGCCUCCCUCGACCGGGAGGAGUUGUUUGGAGAAUCAAGUGGGAAGGCUUCCAAGGGUUUGGCGAAACAUAUCCCUGGCUCUGGCCUGCAGGGUGCUCAGGAACAAGCUGGCGCUGUUUUAAACGAUUUCCAACGGACCAGGCAGGCAUUGACAGAAAGGGGUGAGAAGUUAGGCGAGUUGGACGAGAGAACUGCACAAAUGAUGGCAGAGGCUCAAAGCUACGCCUCCGCUAGCCACACUCUCAUGGAAAGGUACAAGAACAGAAGGUGGUAUCAGUUCUGAUGUGCAUCGCUAUAAGGCACCAUGUCUUUCGACUUGUAUUGUGUGGGUUCGGUAUGACUGUGGCCACUUAAUUAGUUGCACGUCUGGUGGCAAUUUGGUUGAAUUAACCGGGUGAUAUGCGAGACUGGCUGGUCAACUAAACCAGGAUGAUAAUAAUGAUACCAGUAUUUUGAUUUCUUAUAAUUGAAAGCAGGCACUACAAAGAGGAUGUUGAUACUCCAGUCUUUAUUUUGUGAAGUUCAUAAAGGUCCGGGUUGCUUAAUUUCAAACACAGUAUGUAAAUGAUAAUUUUUGCCCCAUAUCUUGUACCUUUUUCUCAUCACUAGGAGAGUUUAUUCAGUGAUUGAUGUAUACUUGCUUCAUUUUGUCACAGGAUUUGGACAAUAUCUAAGUGGUUGUUCUAGUUGCUAGAGAGAAUUGCUGCCAUUCCUGGCUGGGUUGGCACAUUGUUUCCCUUUAUAGUUGUUCUGAGGAACCUGAGUACAUGUGUUUCACCAAACUUCCAUAUAAAUAUAAUGCAUAAACAUAUUACAACCUCGUCAAUUAUUACAGGCAUGUAAGGUCUGUAUAAUUCAUUCAGAAAUUUUGCAAGAUAAAAUCAUUAUUUUGAGUUCAUGUAGAAAUGUACAAAGUUGAUCAUAAGUGGUAAAUUAUUUUCAAUUUGAUUGUCAUAGGACAGUGAAAUUAUUUUGAUAGAUGUGUAUGUAUUUUUUGUGCCAUUUGACCACUUGAGUAGAUUGACCUGGUACCUGACUAGGUGAUGCGUGAGUCAUGCCUCUGUUACAUCACUGACAAACCAUUUUAUCCUUCGCUAGCAAAAACAUGACAAGAAUCAAUCAAAUACUGUCUUGUACAAUGAUAGCUGUGCUGUAUAAUUUAGUAUUUUGCUUCGCUGGUCCCUGGUUGUGGAACGACCCAUACUGCUGUCUCUCAAAGCUCCAGGCUGGGCAGUCAUUUAAAGGAGAGUAAUGCCUGCACUGAGGCAAUCAUUUUUCACAUUUUUAUCUAGGGUUAGUCGGCGCAAAUUUUCAUGUUUGGUCGAUAAGAGUGUAUAAAGUGAUUUGUAGCCUAGAUUUGUUUGAGUUUUGUCCAUGCACCAGAACUCAUGGCUUUGUGCAAUAUUAUAUGUUUAAGAUAUGCCAAUGACGAUUGGACAUCAUUAUUCACUUCAUAAUAUUAGUAAGGUUUGAUUUUAAAUUAAAAAAUGGAGCAUCUAGUCAUGUUCGUAUGUGAGAACCAUACUAGAGAGCCUAUUGUUGUAAUUAAAAUAAGUUGUGUGUUAAAACCUUGGUGCACAUUUGUAUAUAGAUCAUUCUGUGAAUUAUUACACUAUCAUUCACAUAUUAUUCAGAUGUACAGGUAGCUGCGUAAAUCGUAGUCGAUAGUAGCGAAAAUCAUAUUUAGGGUGAAUUACUAUUCUAAAAAAUUAUUUUGCUAGUCAUUGUAAAUUAUACUAAUAGGUAAGCUAUACUUAGGCUACAAACAAUUCAUGACAUAUUGACAUUUAUAUAAAGAUUUAAAUGUGGAUUGUAAAGGUUAUUACUUAGACAUCCAUAUAAUAUUGAGAUUGAAUGAUCAACAGUAGCGAGACAACAAGGAUGCUAUGCUGUCUUAUCCGUGGGUCAACCAUGCCUUUAAAUAUGCUGUUUUCAGGACAGUCAUGAUUGAAUAGCCAUCUAUUCAAAACCCUUUCUACAGUCCAUAAUAUCACAUUCACCCUAAGUGGUCCAGGUUGUACAUUUAUUGAAUCAUUUGCCCAUAUAACUUGACCUUUGCAUGUAAAACAAUAAUCAUGACCUCUUGUCCAGAUGGCUAUUCAUCCAUACUCCAAAUUGAGCAACUGGUUGCGAUAACCUUGCAAUUUCUCUUUUAAAUAAUUUGUUGUAGGCCAACCCAUUUUCAUAUCCAUGCUACUGCUUGUUUUCUGUAUGUUCAUGAAAAGUUUCAUCACAAAACAAGAUAUAGCAGUUUUUGCCAGUUUGAGAAAAAUGGCUUCAGAGUUAGGAAUUUAACUGAAAAUGCAUUGGAAACCUUCGGACAUUUCAUCAUAGAAGUUUUACUGUUGUCCUGAACACUCUGAAAUCUGGAGGACAGACCAAACAUGGUAUUGGCAAUGUCUUGGUAUGGUUAACUCCUAAAUGUUGGAUAUGGCGCGUAUUACGUUUUGCAAUGAAACUUUUCAUAUAUGAAUUUUCUCAAGCCCAAUAGAAUCAAAGAUUACACUCCAGUUAUAUGUAAUUUGGAUAAAAAAAUUAUCAAAUAAAAACAAAGACGACAUGCCAAAUAGAUCACAAGACAACUUGACAUCACAUUAUAUAACUGAAAAUGUAAAUUCUUUUUAGCCGGUUUAUGAUGUACAGCGUUCUCAUAAGUGGUACUUCCACUACCGAGUUUAUUCUGAUUCCACUACAGGAUCUCCGGGUUAAAUAGGCCCGGAGCUAAUAGUACACCGGGUUUAUACCCGGUGAUCAUCAGUGGGCUUUGUACGCAGUUCCGGAUCGGAACCGGAGUUUUCUGUAGUGGAAUACCAAUAAUACUGGAGAUAAUAGUUGUAUAGAUUCGGCGAUAGGUGGCACGCUGAUCGCUUAAUACAAGUGCGCACGGCGCAUGCUGGAAAAUAGUGCCCAAUAUUUUUACCUCCAUUAGCACGUCUGUAACUGGAGAGCAAAUUUCGGUAUCGCCAUCUGUCACCAAGCUUAUUAACCUUACAUGCAAGCCUGUAGUGGAACACGAACAAAAAAUUAUCCGGGUUAAGUUAUAUCCAGAGAGCCUCCAGAUCUAUUAACACAGGGUUUAAAAUCUGUAGUGGAAGUAUGACUAUAGUGCUUGGCAUCUAAAUCCCAAGCUUCAUCCAAAAACCUCAAAGAAGAUAUCUGUUCCCUCAAUCAAUUGGUGGUAUUGUUUAUGAUCAAAAGCAUUGUUGAUAACUUUUUGGGACAAAAGCUUCCCAACUUCCUGUGAUGUAAGGAAAAAUUCCACUGCACAUCUGCUGCAUCCUCCGUACAGUGAGAAUUAGCGAUGUCAUUCUUGACGUAAUAUCUUUUAUAUAUCACAACUAAAGUCACAUCCUGCGGCAGUUCCUUAGAUGAAAUCAUACGGACAAGGAUUGUCCGCCCUGGUUUUGGGAGUUUUGGUAUCAACUCGACUUGAGGUGAAACCUUGGGAAAAUGUGUGGAAGUGGAAUGUUUUGCAUUUGGUAGAAUGCACAUUAUUUUAGGGAUUGUUCGAUCCAUGUUUCUCGCAAGAAUGUAGUUUGUCUAGAUAUGCCCUUUAAAACAAAACAGACACUCAGCAGUUGCCUUGCACUUUUAACCAACACAUUAUUUUGGCCUUGCUUUUGUCCAAAUUACUGAGGAGCCUAUAUUGAGAGCACAGUUAUGAAGAAAUCGUAUUACUGUCACAAGUUCAUUUAUGCAUACUUCAUUCAUAAGACUCUCGAACAUCUCAUCUGAAUUGGAUGAUGGCAUGCAACAUAACUGAAGCAUAUGUUGUGUUCAACCUCACCUUUGAGGCUGCAUCAUCCUUCAAACUUUCUUUGCAUCAACAAACAUCUCAUUUUCAUCAGUUGGCAUAAUUGAACUAGUAGCAGAGCACCUUAACAUUCAUAAUUUGGCCGCUGAAAUUUUUUGUCUUGUAGGUGUGUUUGGUUACUUAUGGGAUAAGUUUUGCAGAUGAACAGGGAAAGAAUGAUUUGGGGACCUGGCCUUAGCUUAAGGACUUCAAUAGGUUUCAUGGGCAUUAGUCAUGUAGAUAAGGCGUUUUUACACGGUGCGGGUUCAAGCCGGAUCGAGACUAGUUCAGGUACCAGCCGGUUUAUUUUCCCUCGUGUAAAAGCGAACCUACCGUCCUGAACCCUCCUGGUCCGAGGCGGGUUCCGAUCGCCGGUCUCGGGUCGGUGCAGGCCGGUGUAGGCCGGUGGAGGAGGGUUUAUUUAUGCGUGUAAAAGCGAACCGGCUCCGAGCCGGUUUGCACACGGUACUCGCGUGACGUCAUUCGCGGGAAUAGCUGCCGUGUUCCUGGCAUGAAAUUUUCCGCGGAAAGAAACUGCUGUGAAAUCUUCAAUUUAUCGAGAGCAAGAGCUUUCUUUCCAUACAAAUGCUGUGUACCAAAGCAAAAACUCUGCAUCUCACCGGCGCCAUCGUAAACCAUUUUGUAUUAUUUGUUUUUGUGAUAUUUUCGUACCUCCACCGCCAGCAGAUUGAUCAGCGCCACCAAUUGACGAUGUUAGUGACGAACCGGCCUGGAGCCGGAUCGAGGCCAGAUCGUCGAACCGUCCCCGUGUAAAAGCGAAAUGAACCGUCCUGAACCGAACACGCCUCGUGACGGUUCAGGAGGGUUGUCUUGAACCAGCACCGUGUAAAAAGGCCUAUAGUCCUGGAGGUGCAUUUGUGAUAUUGGCCAUUUCUGGUCAGAUGGUUGGAUGAUGGAUGUCUUGGUCCAUCUUUUAUACUACCUUCAGAGGUAACUUGUACAUAAGUGUGUUUGUGUUAUUACAGUUCAGGCAUUUUUACUGCUGUUUUGUCAAAUUUGUGUUAUAAUCCGCAAUAGUCAUCAAAACAUUUGCCAUUGGUUGACACUGGUAACGUGUUAGUUGAUGUUUGCUUUUGGAAGCUUUGAGAGGGCUCUGGAAUAGGUUAUAAAUAAAAAUAUGCCUAUACUGAAUUCAUUUUGCAAUGAUGGUUUCAAUUAGAAAUUACUUCGAAUGUUGUUUGAUCAGCUGUAUAUUCUUGGUAGACGAUGUAUAGUCAUGAAAAGAAGCAAAUGAACAACCGACAAUGGUGAUGUUAAUUCUCGGAGGAAAAUCAGGUCUGAAGGUGUCUAUUCACUUUUUAUGAUCACUGGGACUCUUUCAACCUGAUUCGACAGAAUUUGCAAGAAAAUUUAGGAACAGGGUUUAAGAAUAGAGAAAUGUCGAUGUCAGAUUCCCUUCAGAGUUAAGGUUCAUCUCUCACGUACAGUCAUGAGGAAACCAGCCCUGUAAAAAUUAUCUCCUAACCAUCCCCCACCAACUAAUGGAAAAUGCCUUAGAUGCCGGGGGGGGGGGGGGGGGAUGGAUAUUUGAUGAGGGGAGAGUUUCUGAGGAAUAGUUUAUUGACUUUAGCUCUCAGCUUAUCUGAGCCAGGUAACCUCCUGCUGAGUUGCCCGACCAAAGGCUGAGGUCAUCAUAUGUUGUUACAUAACUGAUCUUGCUAUCACAUCCUGGUUGCUUUGUAGUCGACCAAAUUACUUCUAAUUUUGCCUCAUCACAGUAAAUUAGUCAUGAUCACAUGGUGAUUCUGGCCGGAGUGUUAUCACUGGUUACGCUGGCCAUUAGGUAGAUAAUGUAAAUAUGCCGAUCAUCACUGUGUGUAGUAUCAGCAGGGUGCUUGAAGUUGGAGGGCGACUAAAUAUUUUACAGGGCUGGUUUCCUCAUGAUUCUAAGCUUGUGGCAACAAUUGUCAGUUAUGUGAAAAUGACAUUUGUGUGCUGUGGUAUCUAAGGAUAGCUCAUUUGAAAUGACCAGAAUUUAUGGCCAUGUUCUUCAAAACGAACAAAGCUGAUUCACUUCGCUUGUUCAUAUGUCGAGUCAUUUGACGCUUUCGCUGCACAACUUAAAAUCCCCACUGCCCUCCAGCAUACCAAUUCCCCUCAUCAGCAUCCAUUGAGGAACACUCACGAACUAAACACUAUUGCCAUUUAUCGGAUAUUUAUAGAACUGCAUAUUAGUCUAUACCACGUAGGAAUAAAGAGAGGCGAAGUUGCCAACCGGCCCCCGCGGCAGGAUAGACAUUUUUACCUGGGUCGCCAAUUGGCUUACAUCCAUAGCGAAAGUGUUAAGCAAUGCAACAGUGACAUUGAACAUGAUUGAAAGGGGCUUAUCUUUUCUUUUCUUUUAAAUUAAAUACAAAAUGGAAGCAGUUCUUGAUUGUCAGCACUUCCAAUAUGUUAAAUCCGCCCAAUUUUUGGAAGCAUUUUAUUUUCUUGCAAUUCUUAAAAAUAAAAAAUUGCCAAAAAAAUUCUGAUCGGAAAAAACCAAAAAAACUAGUAGUUUACCAAAAAAUCAAAAUCGUAUCAAAAAUGUUUUUCGUUGAAAUUUCCACAAAUUACAAAAAUAAAAGCAUGAGAGCUUUUUCAGAUUUAUCAAUUUACAGCAAAAAGUUGAAGGGGAGAUUUUUUCAGUUGACUUGAUACUUCUAAUAGUUCAUAGUAGGACAAAUGGAUGGAUGUGAUGUGUUUUAAGAAAAUAAAUCUGGCGGUUGUUCGGCUAAGGAGUAAUAUUCUGGUAUUCGGAAAGGUUUGGUGUACCUACUUAAUUUUGGCUUAGCUGCUAUCAUUCAUCUUGACCCUGAAUGUAUUGGCAUUGCUCAGCUUACAGACAGCGCAUGCCAAUACCUUGACGAAGAAUACAGCAUGCAUUUGUAUGCAAUCUUUUUCAAAAUGAAGUUGAUCAACUGUUAGUCACUCAUAAAUUCGUCACUGUACACACAAUGGUAACAAGUUAGCGUGUUGCCACUGACCAGCAGUCUGAUAUCUCAGCAAGUGAAGCGUUUUUGUGUCUCAUACAAAAACCACAAUAUACUUUGCAUUGAAACUUAUGCAGUGUCCGGGGAAGAUAAAAAGGGCAAAGCAGGUGAAGUUCUUUUUAAAUCCAGUUCAUAUUAGCAGCACAGUGGUCAUGGAAAGUGAGUUCUGUGUGAUCAAAAAACGGGCCCACAAUAUGCUGCUUUAUUUACGUUAUACAGAUAGUGUACAUUGCAUACAGCAGAAUCAGCAGAUAAAAUUGGGUGAGGUGCACUGUAAAGUGGGACGCGCGAUAUACAGAAAAAUGACACGUAUUUCUUCAGUGGUAUGGGCGGAGGUCAUGGAGGUAAUACAGCUGGAAGUUCAGUAUGCUAUCCUUGGGAGUCGCAGUCAUUUAGGUUUGUUACGUGCGAUUAGUUUUGUUACGUGCGAUUAUCUUUAAGUUAGACUGUUCUCUGUAAUUAAUUAUCUUUAAAUAUGACUUAUGAUUGUGAUUGAAGUUUGUGCCAAAUUUGUGUCUGGAUAUUACUCAUGUGACCUUUGAACAACAAAGUGAGCCACUGUGGCCAGAAAAUGGAACAUUGAGUUAUUUUCUUUUUAGCCCCCCACCAAAACAAUCCUUGGGCAUGUAUGGUGUUUAACCUUUCCAUCCUUUCCCCCUUUGGUUUUCGUCAUAAGCAACUUGACGAGAUUAGGGGGAAUUGAUCUGAAAUCAUAUUGGAUAGUUGGUCUCUGUCCAAGAUGGCAGCGGUGGCUACCACGUUUUGGUUGGUUUCUGUCAAAUGACUUGACAGUGCUUUGAGGAAUUGAUCUGUUGGCCUCAGCUAGAGGAAGCUCCUUUUAAACUUUGAGAUUCCUACCUUUGCAUGACCUUAAGUUGUUAACAGACAAUUGUUUACUGAUAUUUCGACAUUCGACAGGUUUCUCAAAAUCACUAAUUUUGGCUCACCGGUACGGUAUGGUGAGUCUAUACAAUAGCCCAGUGUCCGUCGUCCGUCUUCGUAUCCCAUUUUUAAAAAGUGGCACGUUUCUUAACCCUUUAACUGUCUAAUUUGUUUUCUCUGUAAUCCAGGAACGGUGAUUAUGGGAUAAAGAUUUUUUCCCUCAGUUAUAUAAAGAGAUAACCCCAUAAAACUAUUCAUUUUGGAUAGCCCUUGAUCUCCGCUUUCCAGUGAUACCAAGUUUGCCACCCUGUAAGGGUCAGGUCGUGACAUUCGGGAAGACCUUGACCUCGAGAUGGGGCCCAAAAACGUUUAUAUAUUAUUAUUUUUGCCUUUUCGUGAACCCUUACAAGUACUCUAUUGCUACAAAACAAGUUUCUUCAAAUUGAUACAAGUACUCUAUUGCUACAAAACAAGUUUCUUCAAAUUGAUAUCAAAAUGUAUUUUAUAUAUUUUUGAAAAGUUUCUGGGGCCCAACCCCCAGACCCGCUUGUCUGACCCCCAAAUGGUAAAAAGUUGACGAAACGUGUUCAGAGCGUUCCUGCAUCAGCUAGAGCCUCGUAGAGAACAAAGUCGCCAUCUAUACAAUCAUUGAUGGAACUAGGCCAGCCUAUUCAAAGCAUUGCAAUGGUCAUAACCGAACCUGCAGAUCUGUACGAAAGACGGUUAAAGGGUUAACCGCUUGGGGUAUGAACUUGAAACUCUGUACACAGGUCAGGUGAGCUCAUCUUCAAAAAUCCAGAGUCAGUCGUCUCUCGCAUACGUUACUGACCCUGGAAUAAACCAAUGCUUAUUCGUGGGAUGAGGUGGACAAAACUACUCUGCCCAAUCAAAACGGCUCUUACAUCUUUCCUAGAAACUCUGUCACUAUUGAAAACAAUCAUUGUAUCUAAAACACGCUCUCAUUGGCUGAAAUUUGAAAUGCAUGGGACGCACAUGCGGAAUUUCAUGUUCUCACACAAUCAAAUACACGAUAUUGUGAGGAACAAUCAUCCUCCCCAGCUUGCAAUCCUAAAUUAGCCGUUUGAGCGUAACUGUGGCACAUUAACCAUAAGGGCUGUGGGGUGAAUUGAAACUUUGUAUGUAUGACCCCCUAGGUCAGAUGACAUAUGACAACAAAUUUCAGUCCAAUCUGAUUCUUGAAACUGAAAACAAAAAAAUUGCCAUCAGUCCUGAACAAAAAACUUUACCAUCUCCAAAUUUUAUCACAUGCACUUCAAAUCAGGACGCAUGACAUACCUUAAUUUUUUGAUUUGACCUACUUUUCAAGGUCACUUUGGUCAAAUGAUGUAAAUUUUACAUUUGGGUGUAACUAUAUCGCAUUUCCCAACUAAAGUUCGAUUCGGUGAGCACAAUAAAAUAGCCCCUGGCCUUUUCAUGUUGUAUUCUACUUUCCACUCGCACUCAUUUUAUUUUCAAUUUGGAUGUAGAGUUCUAAUUUGAGCAAGUGUGGUCAUUUGAAUCCAUACUUGAUGAUCUUUAGAGGAAGUGAACAUCCUCAAUAUAUUCUCAGUAGCUAGAAAAUUUUUGUUGCAAGCAGAUUGGUGCCAAGUGAUUCUAUUGCAUGACAACUUUUGAGUGCAUUUUGCUUGGUUACAUGCAAUGCAUUUUGCUAUAUAGGGUCACAAAUGGCCUCAUAGGUCCUGGAUGGUGAAAGCGAUCCUUUUUGUUAUAAAAGGCCUUUGACUGGAUCAUUUCUAAAUUCCUACUGAUGCUAAUCUUCAGAAUCAUUAACAUUUCAAGUUCAAAUUCAUUUGGUGGUUUUAAAUAUGCUAAAUCAUGUAAUCUGUGAGAUUCCUAUGUUAUUACUUCUUACAAUGAUUUGUGAACAUUUCCUAUAGUUCUAUGCAGAGUAAAGCUUGUAUAAAGUUUUGUAGACUGACUUGGCACAAAAUUAUUUGCAGAAUAUGCCUGUAGUUGGGGUUCCUUUCUGAUGAAGUGUAUAAUCCUUUUUAAGCUGUGGUUCAUGUUACCCGAUCGCUCAUCUCCAUUAUUAUUGUUUAGCCCGCAUCAGUGGCUACUCAGUAAGGGCAUGUGCAAUUGUUAUUACAUUUAGGUCUUUCAUUGAUUAAUAAGAUAAACACCCCAGUACAUACCUUUUGUCAUUCUUGGUGUUCGAAAGUUCUGUUGAUGAUCAGCCCUACAUUUCAAACAAGAAUUGCUUAAAGGACCAUUUGUACCAUUAAGGGCAAUAUUACCCAGCUGCCGGCUGCCCAGUCACCUCCUAUUCUACAUAAGUGGCUUCCAUCAACAUAUUGCACAAAAAAAGGGAAAAAAGUCAAAAUCUGACUGAAUUAUCACGCUUUUCCGAUGUUGACUCCAAUUUGACCCAAGUUAGCUCUCCAUGCGUCGAUCCUUUCCAUGUGGAACGGUGCACUAGUAAGGUGCUCUUCCGAGUCAUUGAUCUACCCUGUGACAUCAUGGUAUAGAUAUUGAUUUUUCCGACGUCACGCUGAUGUCACUUAAUUGCCCGCUACUGCGAUGAUAAUGGAUAUGAUGUUGCGUCGUAAUAGUGGGUUACCGUGAAGUCAGAUCUCGGCGUGCAAACACGUGGCGGGAAAGGCCUUUCGUACCAGGACUUGUGCGUACUAAAAAUAAACAAAGAUGUGGUUUUCUACUAUCGGAGAGCUGAAACAAAAUAUUUAAAGGGAUUUUCUGGACAAGAUAUUUCCAUUGAUUAAUCGGUGGUGGUCAAUAGUGAAAAAUACAACUCAAUAAGUCGACUUUGCAAUAUACAAUGGGUGAUUUAAAGUAGGUGUAAACACCGAGUGUUAACACUAACGCUAACACUAACCACAGAGUCAACAUCAGAAAUGAACUGCUCAAUGGAUGUUUGUGUUAACAACAGGUGUUAGUGUGAUCUCAGUUUUUAGACCGGUGUUAGUGUUACAGGUGGUGCUAACACUGACCUUAAUAUCAAGGCAGUGUUAUCUUGGCUAGGAUUCCAAUGGGUUUUCCAUUGCAACUAACACUCACUUCUAGGUGCAAACACCAACGUGAAUUUAUAGCUCCAACAAGGUGUUAGCAGCUGUUUUCUUUUGCAAGUUUUCAAAUUGUAUGAGGCCUCAACCUACUCAGGAUGAGCCAAGGCAAAAGGGUAGGCCUAUGCAGGCAUGUACAACCAAAGGAUGCAUUAGCAUAGCACAGUGCAUAUGGUAUUUGCCCAUUUUGCAUCAAAAUAGAUAUAGAUUUGAUGGGACUAAGCCUAAUGAAGAUAUCUAUUCACCUUUUGUAACUCCAACGCUGCUACUGGUAGCCUCCACUUCCAGUAUUUCACAACUUCUGGAAAAACUGGCCUUUCAACCCACUGAUCCUGACACUAACAACAAUGUUAACACUAACACUGCAAUUAACACCAACACCAGUGUUAGUGUUAACACAACACCUGGUAUUUAGGGGUAGAUAUUAACACUAGUGCCAACAUGCCCAACCAACACUAACACCAACACCCACUUUGAAAUCACCCAUUAGCCUAUACCGAGAAUAAAAUGAAGACUUGAUUGUUCAUGUCUUUAAAUAGAAAGUCUUUGCAAAGCAGUGAAGAGAAUGAAUCAGCACUGGCAAUUUUAGGGAGCCACUGUGGUGUAGUGGCCGGGACUCGCGACCAGCGGUCAAGCGGUCUGGGUUCGAUAGGUCAAAGUUCACUAAAUCAUCGAUAGGUUGCACGUUUCGUUUCUAUUUGAGCUAGAAGGUUCUAAACUUGUGAGGACCCUCUGUUUUACCCAAAAAAUGUGUCCCGCUCGGACUUCAAAUAUGGGCGCUAGGCAGCCAUCCCGAAAAAUUAAACAAAGUCGGAUUGCAACCAAAUUUCAUGUGAUUGUAUAUCUAUGUACUUUUAUCAAUAUCCCUAAUUUUCAGUCAAAUCCCAUGACAAAUAUGUCCGCCAGGCCGCCAUCUUUAAAAUCCAAGGAAGUCAUAUAACUCCUAAACUGUUGGAACAGAUGUCACCCAAUUUUCAUGUGACAUGUACACUCUUCAAUAACCCUGAAAUUCAGUCAACUUUCUAACCAAAAUGCUAUACUUAGAUCGUACCGGUAAUUUUCUUUUGUGCCAUGGAGCCAAGAAGAAGAAUAUUAUUCAAUGGAAUCAAAACUGGUGAAACUAGCCAGAAACUGUUCUCCCCAUAUCCACUGCAAGUGACAUGCAUUACAUUACCCGAGGUGAGCACAUGGUCCCUGGAUUAUUUCAUUUAUGUUGAUUCAUAUUCUUUGGUAUUUAUUUAGCAACUUGUCCCAAUUUUUUUAUCUGAAAUACAUAAUUUAAGCCAGUGUCCACUGCUUUUUGGCUCACCACAGGGGAGUCUAUAUAACACCGCUGUGUCCGUCGUCGUCAUCGUCUGUAUCCUGUUUCAAAAACAGUAGCGUGUUUCUUAAGCACAUGAACUAUGAACUUGAAACAUUGUACACAGGACCCUCCAGGUCAGGUGACCUUUGACAACGAAUUUCGGUCAAAUCUGAUUCUUGACUUGGCCACCAGGGGGGCCAGAAGUGGAAACCUAAAAAGUGUGAUAUCUCUCUUCUGAUGACUCGUUUUCGAUAAAGGUUUUAUGGUAGGUUCUCCUAGCAAGGAUACAUCACAUAUCAUCUGGGUUUUUGAUUUGAUCUAAUUUUUAAGGUCAUAGAGGUCAAAUGGCGUAAUUGGCCGUUUUGACUGCAAAUAUGGCACAUUUCUUAACCGCUAAAGCUAUGAAAUUGAAAUUUAGUACACACGUCAUAUAGCCGCUUUAACCGACUUUUGGUCUGAUCUGAUUCUCAAUUUGGCCACCAGGGGCCAAAACUAAAAAUGGUAAAAAGUGCAAUAUCUUGCUUAUCAGUGACUUGUUUUCGAUGAAAUUUUUAAGGUAGGUACUCCUAGCAAGGAUACAUGACAAGUCUUAUGGGUUUUUGAGUUGACCCAAUUUUCAAGGUCACAGAGGUCAAAUGGUGUAUAUUGGCCGUUUUAGUGUAACUAUUGCACGUUUCUUAACUGCUAAUGCUAUGAACUUGAAAAUUGGUACACGUGACUCCCUAUGUCAUGUAUCCUUUGACAGUGAAUUUUGGUUCGAUCUGAUUCUUGACUUGGCCACCAGGGGGCCAGAAUCGGAAACCAAAAAAGUGUGAUAUCUCUCUUAUGAGUGACUCGUUUUGAUAACAUUUUUAUGGUAGGUUCUCAUAGCAAGGAUACAUCACAUAUCAGCCUGUUUUUUAUUUGACCUAAUUAUCAAGGUCACAUAGGUCAAAUGGCGUUAAUUGGAUAUUUGAGUGUAACCAUGGCACGUUUCUUAACCGCAAAAGCUAUGAACUUGAAAGUUGGUACACAUGCCUCCCUAUGUCAUGUAACCUCGGACACCGAAUUUUGAUCCAAUCUUAUUCUCGACUUGGCCACCAGGAGGCCAACAUUUAAAAAGGUAAAAAGUCUGAUAUCUCGCUUAUCGGUGAUGUGUUUUCGAUGAAAUUUUAAUGGUAGGUACUCCAAGCAAGGAUACAUCAUAUGUCAUACCGACUUUGGUUUGACCAUAUAAACUAUUCAUGCAGCAUGUUUCUUAACCAGAAUUAAUUUCCAACCUCCAAAUAUCUAUACGGUGAGCACAACGGCCCUUGGCCGUUUUAUUUUAUGGGAACUGACUUUUAGCUCAAAAUUUUUAUUCUUCAAUGUUUCUUUAUUGGAUGAGCACUUUAAAAAUUUUACGGUGUAGAAGUCUACCGCUAUAAUCAUGGUGGCUCUUGGUGCAUGUAAUCAGACGAGCUUUCAUGUGAAUGAAUGAAGCAACUCUCAAGACACCUGAACUCCAAAAGUCAACAUAUCAAUAAAUGCAAUGGACACCUCUAUUGGCUGGACACAAACACCUCCAUUGAUGGUUGCAUACUAUUGGCUGGACACUAUUUUCCAUUGCCUGUUCCCAUUAUUGACUGGACACUUAACCUCAAUUGCCUGUUUUCAUUAUUGGCUGGACACUUGGCCUCCAUUGCCUGUUCCCAUUAUUGACCGGACACUUAACCUCAAUUGCCUGUUCCCACUAUUGGCUGGAUACCUAAUCUUCAUUGCACUAUAAAAAUGGUCACUUAGUUGACAAUCGUUUCUGUUGGGUAGUCACUUGAGUUGUUAGUUUUGUAAUUGUUGGCUUAUCAAGUACAUAAUGGGAGGCAUUCAGUUUGUCAAGUACAUCGCUUAACUUUCAUUUCAGUCAUAUCAUCAUGUAACAUCAGUUUGCAUCAUCACUUCCAUUGACGUUGUAGACAUGACUUGAUGACUGAGUGACGUUGUGUACAUCUUGGUGGUCACCCAAUCUGACAGGUUGGCUAUCUUCUUGGUUUGAUCUUCAUAUUGCAAAAGUAUCUUUUGAAGAGCAGUCUCACAAGCUGAGAGCAACAGCACACUAACUUUUCUAAACUCUUCAUUAUUGCUGCAUCUUAAACACUAGAUUCGGCCCUCAUGUCCAAUUUAUUUAAGUCACUGAUCGGUAAUAAACUGUUAUUCUCUGUGGUUCAAAUAUAGUGUAUGGACGAUGGAGGGGAUGGCUUAUUCAUGGCACUGGUUGUAUGUUUUAAUCCAAAAUCCGACCUACAUUCUUCUAUUUUUACCUCAUUUCAAUCAGAGUAGCUAGUGUUUUCAUGUUGACUUAAAAUCUUCUUUCAAAUUGAUAGAAUGCCCCUUCUCAGUUUAUACUUGGCUGAACUGUUCAUCAUGCUAUUCUCCAUUCUCUACGAAAAUCCGGUUGGUGAUAAGGGGUCAUCUCAUGAAAUUCAAUGGAAAUGCCCCCUCUGUUUUUCUAUUAUAAAGAAUGGUGUACAACUCCUCCUUUUCAAGCUCCAGUUUUGCAAUGAUGAAGGAGCAGUUGCCUGGAGAUUGGUUGACGUUAAAGAAACACGUCGUUUGCUUGCACCCAUGCUCUGUGAGUUGAUUGGGGCUGCCUGCUCUAGAUAAUGCAUGUAGUUUUGUUCCCCAAGUAAAGCUCUGCUGUGUUGGGUCAUGUUCGAAGCCAUCGAGUAUUUAGAAUGUACAGUUAUAUGUAGAGAAAACCAUUAACAAAUGAAUAAAAUGAUUCGGUGUACAUGUGAUGAA